AUGCAGCGAGGGGCCAGGAGGCCGAGGGGUAGGGAUGGGCCUGUCCCCACGUCCUGCUACCCAGCCCAGUGCUUCGACCCACUGCUCCGCCUCUGUGUGGACUGCGAGCUCUUCCGCACGCCUGAGGCGAGACCGGCGGGCUUGAGCAGCGUGGUCCCCGGGACGGCACUGCAGCCGCAGGAGUCGGUGGGCGCGGGUGGCUCCGAGGCGGCGCUGCCCCUGUCCGGGCUGCUCCUCGGCGCCCCCGCGCUGCUGGGCCUGGCGCUGGCGCUGGCGCUGGCCCUGGUGGGCCUGGUGAGCUGGAGGUACCGGCGGCUUCGAGGGGCCGCCUCCCCGCAGGCUCCAAAUGAAGGUCAGCACGCCCCAGAGCCCCUGGACAAUGUCAUCGUCCUGUCCCCGGGAACCAUUGAUACCACAGCUCCUGUCUGGCCUCUGCCCAGGGAAGAAGACCCAGGCACCACCCCACCUGGCCACAGCGUACCUGUGCCAGCUACAGAGCUGGGCUCAACUGAGCUGGUGACCACGAAGACUGCUGGCCUUGAGCAACAAUAGCAAUGGAGGGGGCAAGGGUUGUCCUUGCCCUCCUCUGGAUCCCCAGCUAGGGGCUUGGAAGUUGAAUUUGGCUCUUCACUCCAGCACCCACCUGCGCUUUUCCUGGGAGCCAGGAUGCCUUCAGCUAAAUUCUGCAGAACCACAGACCACAGCGUUCAGCCCACAUGGAGUUGCUUGGUGUGCUAAUUUUUGGUUUAAGAUCAUACCAUCUUUGAUAGCCCUUGAAAGUUGUA